CUUUGUUUUGCCUGCCUCAAACAAGUAACUCUUCAUCGUUCAUUAAAAAUCUCGUAUAGAGAGAGAAAAAAAAAUACUCUAUCUAUAAUUAUAUGCAUACAUCAAUAAAGACAUAGUGUACGCAUAUCUCUUUAAUCAAGAUAGAAAAUGAAAGGAGGAGAGAAGCAAUGUGGGAAGGUGGACAAAUUGAAGCCAAUUCUGGCGAUCAUAUCACUCCAAUUCGGAUAUGCAGGCAUGUAUAUCAUUACUAUGGUUUCCUUCAAGCAUGGUAUGAACCAUUGGAUCCUUGCUACCUACCGACAUGUUGUAGCCACCAUUGUCAUGGCUCCUUUUGCUCUCAUUCUCGAGAGGAAAAUAAGGCCUAAGAUGACAUGGCCACUGUUCCUUAGGAUUCUUGCUCUCGGAAUCCUUGAACCGCUUAUGGACCAGAACUUCUACUACAUAGGAAUGAAAGCCACGUCAGCAACGUACAGUUCUGCCUUUGUUAAUGCACUUCCCGCCGUCACCUUCAUAAUGGCCGUCAUUUUCAGGUUAGAAACUGUAAAGUUGACAAAGAUACGUAGUCUUGCAAAGGUGAUUGGAACAGCUAUAACCGUGGGAGGAGCUAUGGUGAUGACUUUGUACAAAGGUCCAGCCAUAGAGCUCGUCAAGGCGGCUCAUACAUCUUUUCACGGUGGCUCCUCCUCCGAGACCACUGACCAGCACUGGGUUACCGGAACCUUGGCGAUUAUGGGUAGUAUCAUUAGUUGGGCUGGUUUCUUCAUCUUACAAUCUUUCACGUUGAAAAUAUAUCCGGCGGAGCUUUCACUUGUGAUGUGGAUUUGCGGCAUGGGGACGAUCUUAAACACUGCAGCUUCGCUCGUGAUGGUGCGUGACUUGAGCGCCUGGAAAAUCGGUAUGGAUUCUGGUACACUCGCGGCUGUUUACUCUGGAGUGGUUUGUUCCGGGAUGGCGUAUUACAUACAAAGCAUUGUGAUUAGGGAACGAGGCCCAGUGUUUACAACGUCGUUUAGUCCUAUGUGCAUGAUCAUUACUGCAUUCCUCGGUGCGUUAGUUUUGGCUGAAAAGAUCCAUCUCGGAAGUAUAAUUGGGGCGGUUCUCAUCGUCUUUGGACUAUACAGCGUCGUAUGGGGAAAAGCUGAGGAAGAAGUUCUUUCGGUGGAGAAGAAAAUCGGAUUGCAGGAGCUGCCGAUCACCAACAUAUCGAAAACAAUGGAGGGUGGUGGUACUGCUAGUGCACCAGAAAAGGUAUAGAUUAAUACCUGAGUGCAUGCCCUAACUAAGCAAUCAAAGAAAAAACAAAAGCCACUGCUCUCAGUUUUUGAAGGCCAGAUUUUCCAAGACGGGAAAUUGUAUAUCUUUCUUUUUUGUUAUUUACGUUUCCAGUUGUUGGUGUUGCAUAUUAGAUUAUAGUAUAUAUCAUAUAGUAUCUAAAUAUUACUACGUUGUACCUUUUUGUAUCUGUGGAAUAUCAUGGGAAAUGAAGAAAUCUUAGUUGAAUUUAUGAAA